CGCUACGAAUUAAUUCCAACACCUAAUAAUUAAAAUAGACUUUCAAUCUAUAAAAUACAAAAAAUCCUGCAGACGUGAUGGAACUAUAAAAGAAUAAGCCAAGUAGUUGGAUACGACAACAUUAUAAUAAUUUAAAAAAUAGCAAAUUCCAAUGCAAGAUUUGUUCUUAUAUUGCAUACAAUAUAUAUUAACAUUAAAAGUACACUUAUUUCGUGCUCAUAAAAUAUUUCAUGAUGAAGACACAAAUCGUAGAAACGAUCCAAUAUGGCGUUAUUUCACAGAAGAAGAAAGAUACGCUUUAAAAUGUAAGAUUUGUGAUACAUCUCUUUUGAGUGGAUAUAGGAUAGAGGAAUUAAAGAGGCAUCUGAAAUGUAAACAUCCACAAAUAAUAGAAGAAAUACAAAAAGAAUUUGAACAUUCUUGGGUAUCGAUACACUUCAUAUUAAACACAUCAAAUGGUGAUUUAGGGAUCCACUCAUCCAAACAUGGCACAAAUAAAAAUCUUCAAGAAAAUACUGGAGGAAAUGACAUGAAUAUGAAUCAUCAAUCAGAAGAAAAUAACGAGUAAUUUCUCAUUAGAUGGACAGAUAUUUUAGUAUUUGAAAAAACGAAAAAAAUAACAACGAUUCACUUUUGAAUAGAAUACA